AUGACAGAGUGCCUAACAGAAUGCAAAGCGCUGGUGACGCCAUCCACGCGCAACGGCCACCGAGUCUUCAGCUACACGCUAGAGAGCCACACAGGAGCCGCCUUCUCCAUCAUGAACGAGCUGCGCCUGGAGCGCCAGCUGUGCGACGUCACGCUACGUGUGCGCUACAAAGACCUGGAGGCGGUGGACUUCGUGGCUCACAAGGUGGUGCUGGCGUCCUCAUCGCCCGUCUUCAGGGCUAUGUUCACCAACGGCCUAAAAGAGUGCGGUAUGGAGUUGGUGCCAAUCGAGGGGAUCCAUCCCAGGGUGAGUAACUUGUCUUUUAGAUAAUAGUUGUUUUGUUAACUUGAACAGGAGACACAAGACGGUGAUUGGUCCUUGAACAUUUGGGUUCUCAUGUUGACCAAUGAACAGUUAAAACGAACAAGACUCUGACCAACUAAACUGUAUGUCAGAGAUUAUUAUUUUACAUUAACAAGUGAUUAAUAAGUGUUACUUAUUAUAGAGAUGAACUGUGACCCCUCAGUAGUCCCCUACUGUGACUGCUCACAGUCUGUUCUAGGGCUGGGCGAUAAACUAAAAAUUUACCGAUGCUGAAAUUUACGACAACAACCGUCGUCAUUUUGCCCAUGUCAAUAUAAAAAAAUAAUUAAAAUAAAGUUGAUUUUGGAUGUGUGUAGGUAGGCUAUGGUCUCAUGUCCCUUUUAAGACGCUGUCCUUCAUCAGAGACGUAACUCCACCUCAUCCAGUCUGUAACAAAGAGGGAAAGUCAAGUGAGGAGAUAGAGGACGGUUCAAAAGUAGUAGCGGCUGAAGUAAACGAAGUUAAAGUGGGAGGGGGUGAGCAGUUUGUGGAGCAGUUAUCGUUCAUUUAUCAUUAUCGCGAUGAGCUGCUCAAUAUAUCGUGAUGAUGAUUUGAGGCCAUAUCGCCCAGCCCUAGUGCGUUCCUCCAAAUACCUCUGCUUUACUCCUGACUGUUCAAUAAAAACAUCUUUGAAUUGGAUAGUGGACACAUUAUGUAUUGACCAGCUCUGCUGCUGAUUGUUGAUUUGAAACUUGAGCAGACAGACGUCUGUCAGCAGUAUGACAGGAUCUUGAACUUUUCAGGUAUAUAAGUAGGAUGCUCCCUUUUUUGUACUCUAACUGUGGAAUCUAAUGUUCCCGUUGCACAAAUGGGGCGGCUGUGGCUCAGUGGUAGAGUGGGUCAUUUCAUUUGGAAGGUCUGGGUUAGAUCCCUUGUCCUGUUGUUCUAGGGCUGGGCGAUAUGGCCUCAGAUCAAUAUCACUUGAGCAGUUCACCUCAAUGACAAUGAAUGAAGGAUAACUACUCCAUAAGCUGUUCACCCCCUCCCACUUUAACUUCGUUUACUUCAGCCGCUACAACUUUUGAACCGUCCUCUAUCUCCUCACUUGACUUUCCCUCUUUGUUACAGACUGGAUGGGGUGUAGUCACGUCUCUGACGUAGGACAGCGUCUUAAAGGGACAUGAGACCAUAGCCUACCGACACACAUCCAAAACCAACUUUUAUUUAAUUUUUUGACACCGAAUAUAUUGACAUGGGCAAAAUGGCGUCAGUUAUUGUCAUAAAUUUUGGUAUCUGUAAAUUUUUGGUUUAUCGCCCAGCCCUAUUCUGUCCACAUGCUUAAGUGUUCUGAGGCAAGACAAUCAACCCCAACCUGCCUUUGCUGGCUGUGUCCAGUGUUUUUUUGUUUUUUGAAUAAGAUCUGUAAACACUGACGAGUGCUUGAGAUUUAACUUUCUUCUUCCUUACUUUGUCAUCUCUCUCUGGCCUCUCUCAUUCAGGUCAUGGAUCGGCUGAUAGAGUUUGCCUACACAGCCAGCAUCUCUGUCGGGGAGAAGUGUGUGAUCCACGUGAUGAAUGGUGCGGUCAUGUACCAGAUAGACAGUGUGGUCAAGGCCUGCUGUGAUUUCCUGGUACAGCAGCUCGACCCCAGCAACGCCAUCGGUAUCGCCAACUUUGCCGAGCAGAUUGGCUGCACGGAGCUGCAUCAGAAGGCCCGCGAGUACAUCUACAUGAACUUCAGCCAGGUGAGACUUGAAUUUGACCUUUGAUGAAAGCAACAUUGUCAAAAAAAAUCUUUUUUUUUUUACCUUUCCUUUUUUUUAUUUUUUUAUUUUUAUUGCUUUCUGCUAUAUAGACAGUUUACAGCAUGAAAACAGAAACAGGGUGUGAAGGACAGAAAAAUGUGUAAUAUGAGUAUCUUAAAUAUUUGGCUACACACUGACCAUAAAGUCCGUAUUGCAGAGAUUUAAGGUAGAAGCAGCAGAUUAACUCGGCGAGCUGCCUGCUAUUAUGAAAAAGAGUCGCGCUGAUCCUUGCCAGGAGCUGUGUAAUUGUGUAUCAGCAGAUUUAUGAGUUCUACGUGAAUAUCUGUGAAAGCAUUUAGAGGUUGUUUUUUGCUGUGAGAUAAGGCACUCUUGGUUAAAAGCAGUAACUCAAAGUGAUGUAGUGUUAGCAUGUUUUCACAGCUAAAAGUGUCACAUUUGAUCAACGUAUUUGCACCAGUCAUUACUUAAUGACAGACAUAAAACUAAAAGAGAUUUGGGUGAAAAGUGUUUCAUGUUUCCAGUAAAUGUUGUUUCACUUGUUUAAUUGUGGUUUUUGCUGGUCGGUUUUUCCACUUCACACCUGCACACAGCUUGCCCAUGCACUUCUGUAAUGAGUGUAAAGCCAUGAGUCACGAGAGAUAACCUGCGGUCGGCGCAAACCUGAUUGCAAAAGAUAAAAAUGGCAAGGCAGAAAAGAAAAGGGCAGAUUUGGUUGGUUACAGAGUGUUAGAUGCGUCAUCUACUGAUGUUAGUUAGUGAUUCACUCUUUUCUAACUGUUGCACAAGUUAAUUGUAGGGCUGUAAUCAACCAAAGAAAUUCUUGGUUGACUAAAACCCUGAAAUUUUUAACCAAAAAUUGACUAAUGGGGGGCGGGGUUCCGACUGACGACAAAACCCUUCUGCGGUGGGGGCCGAUGCAGCUCGGCAGGGUGAAAACAUACUGAUAUCAGCACAAAUAUAAAUAUUCAGCAAACCAUCGGACAUUGAUUAACGUGGACGCUCUUCAACCCUCCAGUCUCCAGCUGGUUACAGUGGGUUGGGCAAAUCCAAAAUGCUGAAAACAAGGGGCGUGUUCUGAGACAGGCUGUUACCUGUGAAAUGGCACUUGGUACGUUCCUCCUGAUUAAAUUAACCAUAGACUGUAAAAUAACGUGAAUAAAACCGAGUCGACCAAUCACAAUUUGGUCAACUCAGGACGCAUCGACCAAUAAGUCGACCAGUCGACUUUGACUUUACUGCCCUAGUUAAUUGAUUGUUUAUUCACUGGCUAUUGGUUGCCGGGUGUGUUUUUGUUACAGUCCAGUUCUCGAACUGUAGCCCUCAACAGGGAACUCUUUGGGUGUUGCCGUUUGGGUUGGCCUCUAAAUAAGCCUCCUUUUGUUCCUUGUAUUUCCUUGUGGUAAUCUGAACAUCGAACAGUGACGGAGUCACACAGUCACAAUUUUUACCCCGACAUGACUUUGCAUUCAUAUAAACUUCCUUCUGUCAAUCUUUACUGUCUGUAUUGUUAAUAUUUGAUCUUGCUGUCUUGUUGGUACUUAAACAUUUGCUCGUGAAAUAGAAAAACGUGAUCAAACUCUCUGAGCAAAACUGUCCAGCAGACAAACUGAUUUUCUGAAGACGUCACCUAAGGCUAGACAUGUUAAAUGUGGGCAAGUUUUAGGCUGUGAAGUGUUUGAUUGAUUUAUUGAUGAUGAAAGUCUUACCCUUGAAGCCAAUCCUGCGUUCCUCAACCGAUUGAUUGAAUUCAUACAGAUGAUGAAACUUGGAGUUUGUAUUUUUCUUCAUUUUCUAUUACAAACUCAUCCUGACUAGACACAUGAAUUUUAUUCAGAUUUGAGAUAUUUCCCUCUCUGCCUCUGUCUGCAGGUCGCCACCCAGGAGGAGUUUUUUAACUUGUCCCACUGUCAGCUGGUCACCCUCAUCAGCCGUGAUGAGCUCAAUGUUCGCUGUGAGUCUGAGGUCUUCCAGGCGUGUGUGGCCUGGGUCCACUAUGACCGAGAGAACCGGCGCCCAUAUGACCAGGCCUUACUUCAGGCUGUCCGCUGUCAUUCCCUCACCCCAAACUUCCUGCAGGCCCAGCUCCAGUCUCUAGAUUGGGACCCCCAGUGUAAAGACUACCUGGCUCAGAUCUUCCAGGACCUCACCCUCCACAAACCCACCAAAGUCAUUUCCUGCCGAACACCCAAGGUACCGCAGCUCAUUUACACAGCGGGGGGUUACUUCCGUCAGUCUCUCAGCUACCUAGAGGCGUAUAAUCCCUGCACAGGAGCCUGGCUGAGGCUAGCCGAUCUGCAGGUUCCCCGAAGCGGCCUAGCAGCAUGUGUGAUCAGCGGACUUUUCUAUGCUGUUGGAGGAAGAAACAACGCGCCUGAUGGCAACAUGGACUCAAAUGCAUUAGACUGUUAUAAUCCUAUGAACAACUGCUGGCUGCCGUGUGCACCAAUGAGCGUACCCAGGAAUCGGAUCGGAGUGGGUGUCAUCGAUGGCAUGAUAUAUGCAGUUGGAGGAUCACAUGGAUGCAUUCAUCACAACAGUGUUGAAAGGUGAGUGAAGGAUCCUUCAAAUAAGAGUGAUACAGGAUGAACUCAAGACUUUCACAGACCCAUUAAAAUGCUGGCUAGUGGGCAGUGUUGUUUUCGUUGACGAAAAUGUUUCGUUAUCGUCAUUGUCAACGAAAACAACACUGGUUGUUCUUUUCCAUGACGAAGACGUGACGUUGACGAGCUAAACAUAAGUCUUAGAUGACUAAUAUGUGACGAGAUGAAUGUGCGUUUACGUUAGGCCUGAACGAUAUAUCGUUUGACUAUCGUCAUCGCGAUGUACGUGUGUGCGAUAGUCACAUCGCAGAACCUGCGAUAUUGGAGGUGAAUGAACUCAUUUAAUUUCAAGGGUAACCGACUGAGAUACACUCCAUGUGACUCUGCAUGUGCUGUGCAGCGAUCCACCAAUCGCCUUCGUCCUUAACUCAGUUGCCAAUCAGACUCACUUCUCAGUUGCCAAUCAGACUACCCUGCCAGCUGUCAAUCAAAAUCAGGGAGGAGAAAACCCACCCCUGCACAUGUUCUGCACAUGGAGGGAGACGUGUGUCCGCUGAGAAUUACUUUAGGAACUUUACUCAUGGCUAUUAAGCCCAACAAAUAAGAACUGUGUGGGUUUUAAAUUGUACAUUUCCGUGGACCACUCUACUAUAAGCAGUGCGCGUUUGCGAGGUGCAUGCAAUUCUCGGAGGACAUGCGUUUCUCGGCACAACACCGCUAACAACAACAACAACGAUCGCAAAAUGAACAACGAACAAGCGAAAACCAACGAAAAUGAAGAUUUGUUGCCAAAAAGAAAAGGAAAGUCAGUUAUCUGGAAUUAUUUCGGUUAAAAGAAGGAUGAUGUCGACCAAAACACGUGUUCUGUGUUCAUCUGUUGCCACAAUAACGUCCCAGCACAAUAAAAGCUAAAAAUAUCUCCGAGACAGACAGAAGCCGUUCUACUAACAUUCACAAAAAGAGGUAAGAUCAGAGCAGAUUAACUGUCCUCAAGAUUUCAGCAGUGCAGCAUAACAUUAAGUGAUAUUCAGGUCAUCUGGUGAAAAUACUGUAUUUUUAAUAUCGCAAUAUAUAUCGCAGGGUUGAAAAAAUCGCAAUAUUAUUUUUUUCCAAUAUCAUGCAGCCUUAGUUUACGUUGACGAGACGAGACUAGACGAAAACGUUAAUGGUGGACGACGAACAGAGUUGCAAAAUUCAUGAGCAUUUCGUCAGUCAAACGCUAAACAUAUAUACAGUGUUGUUUUCGUUGACGAUGACGUUGACGCAUCGUCAACGUAAGCAACACUGCUAUUGGGGCUGGGCAAUAAACCGAAAUUAACCGAUACUGAAAUUUACGACAAGAACCGACAUCAUUUUGCUCAUAUGCUCACCUACAUUCUGUGUCAGAAUAUAAAUAAAUAAAAGUUAGUUUCGGAUGUGUGUAGGUAGGCUAUGGUCUUAUAUCCCUUUAAGUCGCUGUCCUACGUCGAGACAAGACUCCACACCAUCCAGUCCGUAACAAGAGGGAAAGACAGGUGAGGAGAUGGAGGACGGUUCAAAAGUUGUAGCUGCUGAAGUAGACAAAGUUAAUGUGGGAGGGGGUGAGCAGCUUGUGGAGUAGUUAUCGUUCAUUAACUGCUCAAUAUAUCGUGAUAGUGAUUUGAGGCCAUAUCGCCCAGCCCUACCGACUAGACUACUAUAGUGAAGCUGCAGCCCGAUUUACUGUUAAUAACAUCCUUUUACAACCAUCAGAUGCAAAGAUUAUCCAGUGGGCUGCAGGUUUGCUUUGAUUUGUGUCAGACUCAGUGAACUGAGAUUUGCUGCACUGUCAAUAUGUCCGUGUUCGUCUGUGGUUUUGGUAAUGUGCAUUUAGUAAUAAAUUAGCAGUGGAAAAUGUGAGGAAAGUCCCGAAGUGAAUAUUUAUAAAACUGGUCUGUUGACUUUAUUCAGGCGAUGAAUUCCCCAAGAGCAGGAAAUUCAAAUGUUUCAAAUAACUUCCUGGAAAUUCAAUUGUUUUGUUCCACUUCUUGUAACAUGUUUUAAGUAUACAAAAAAGCUUGAAUGAGGAAGCAUUUGUCUUUUUGUGUCAUACAACAGAGCAGUAAAUCAGCUGUUCAUUGUUUUCUGUUCCAACUUUUUCAGUCUUACAUCUGCGACAUGUUGAACUUAUUACAGAGAGGAGGUUCGAGUUAACUCCCCAGUCACAUAGUUCAUGAGUCACGACUUGAAAAUUUAUGUUGAUGUUUAUUAAGCCUCGUCUUGACAAGUCCCGAGAGCUCGCCAGCAAAAAAAAAAAAAAGAUCAAUUGUAAUGAAUAAAAAUAAAAACUGGGGUGCAUUUAGAUAAACAAAAAUAUCCACUAAAUGUCUCGAUCCUGCUGUGAAGGCAUGAGUCAAACCAAGACACAGGCUCUCACAUGAUCUUUAACUUUAAAGGUUGCCUGGAAUACACGUAAUUAUGUAAACAGUCAUAAUUUAAGGUUGAAGAUUUACCCACACUUUGUUUUUGGUCCUCAGAUGAUUCAGACAGAGGGCAGACACAACUGGCAAAUAUUAACUAGACUCUGUGAAAAAGGGGACUCAUCUAACCGGCUUGCAUGCUGAUUUAAAGACUCAGAGUUAUGACUCAUUGGUGCAGCGCUCUCAUGGAUUACAGAUGCUACAAAACUGACCAAAAUAAAUCUGUGCAGUGAUGAAUCAAUUUCCCCAUAAACAGGAUUUCAUGUUUGUUGUAAUCGUGUAGGUGUUAGGGAUGCCAGGCGAAGGUUAUCAUAUUUGUAGCUUCCUCUUAUCAGCGAAUGAUAAAAAAGGUUGGAGCCUCAAUGGUGGGUGAAACAAGCAGAGCACUUUAUAAAGAGUCUUAAAAUUGGAGUAAAUCGAUAUGUGUGCUCCCUUUCUCUGCAGGUAUGAUCCAGAAAAAGACCAGUGGCAGCUGGUAGCUCCCAUGCUGACCCGGCGUAUCGGUGUGGGUGUUGCUGUCAUCAACCGGCUUCUUUAUGCUGUUGGAGGGUUUGACGGGGCCAACAGGCUCAGCUCCUGUGAGUGCUACAACCCUGAGAGAGACGAGUGGAGGACCAUGGCCCCCAUGAACACUGUGCGCUCUGGAGCUGGUAAAUAGACACACAAAGUUCUCAUCAGUUUGGGAAUUGACACAUCUCUAUAUAGUAGUACAUGUGAACAGAGGGCCUGGAGGCAUCUGAAUCUUUCCUUUGUCUCCACACACCAUGAUAAAGUCUGGUGUUCAUCUCAAAAUGCCAGAAGACAAGGUUACCCUCAGUCCCAUCUCCUAUCUCCCUGUUUUCAUACACAGACCAGCUAAACCUCAGCCCUGCUUGGGCCAAAUACCCCAGACCAUCACCAUGCCCUACAUCCCAUGCAAUCUCAAAUAUAUGCAGAAACAUAUGCACACAGACACACAACUAAAGGCAAUUUUUAAAAUCCUGAUCAGGCAGCAGAAAUAAGUAAAUAAAUAAAGAUUUCAAGCCCAGCUUCUUUGAUGUGAACCACAUGGGACAUCAUCUGACAUCAGAUCCUGUCCAAUACUGUCAGAGUGUCCCAAGUUUUAAUGAUUCAUGAAGUUAACACUACUGUGCCAUGUGACGAAACGUACACGUGUCAAUAUGGAGAGUCACUUUCUUCUCUGCUGUUUGGAGAAACAGUUACAGUGGGUUUGCUAUCAAUCCAUUCAUUGACAUACUGUGACUUACAGGGCUUGACAUUAACUUUUUUCACAAGGACGCCAUAUGCUUUAGGGGCAUAAUGAAAAUUGAUCAAAUAAUGUGUGUCUUAUUAGUCGACAUAAGUACUAUUAUUUGAAAUCAAUUUUAGGUCAAUUGGUCACAGGACAUGGAAGCUAUUGAAAGAAAACAGCCUUUUUUGAGAACAUCUACCAGUAAUUUAUUGAUGGUCCCUUAUUCAACACCUGACUGUGGCGGGGCACCACUAACGCCGUCCUCAUCGCGGCUGGCCGCUCUCUCCCUCGCGGCUGGCCGCGCUCUCUCUCGCGGCUGGCCGCACGCUCUCUCUCGCGGCUGGACGCCUUCUCUCCCUCUCGCUCUCCCUCGUCGCUCGGUGCCGACGUGGGGGAAUAGCGUGGUCACUCGCGGCUGGAGUGACAGACGGACGGGAGUCAAAAUGAACAUUUAAAGACAAUAAUUGGACUCUUGCGUCCCCGUGGUUGGUGUUAGAGGGUGCACACUCAAACACCUACACGGGUCUCGCUUACACGUACACGCACACACAUACACACUCACCUUCUGUCUCCGCUUCAUGGACUGAACAGAGGCAGUUCCGGGUCACCUGUUAAGUAGCACUAGGUGACGUGCCUCCGCGGGUCAGGUGACCCAGGGAGAAACCAAAGUCCGGGAACAAAUUGAUUUAUAGGAAAAAUAUUGUGUUUGUGUUUAAUAUUGGCUCAGCCAUGUGGAGGGUGUGAGCAACAGUAAUUGCUUUGUAUUAUUUUGUGUAUGUAGAAAUAUUAGUUAUGAUAUAAUAGCUGAUAUCUCGAAAAACCCCUAGAUUGUUUUGAUUGGUUUGUCCGGAGGAGGGGCCAAGGGGUAUUUAAAGGAGCUCAGCUCACUUGUUGGUGUGCCUCCUGGUUGAGAAGACGUAUGUUGGUCCUGGUAUUUGAAUUGCGGUUUGUAAAUAGUUUUUCCUCUGUCUUUUUUUUGUAAAUAAUUUUUGUAAAUAUUUUUUGUACAUAAGAGUUUUCACCUGUGGGUAUUUUUGGAGAUGGUGUAAAUAAAAGGAAAUCACCGUACUCGAUUCUCGACUGUGCCAUCAUCUUUCCCUCCACAACCGAAAAAGAAUUUAAAGAAACUGAACCCGUGACACUGACGUUGACAGCGAGGGUGCCGAGUAGAUUUAACCACGCUGCUGUUGCUAUUCCCGGUUAUGGAGAGUGAGAAGACACCGGUAGAUCCACAGUGAAUCUCAGUCAGAUAUCCAACCUAAAACUAACUUCACCACGUUAUUUACAUGAACAAACAUCUGAGCCACGGCUGUUUUUUUAUGCGCACAUGUGCCCCUGAAUACAUAUUACAAUUCGCACACAUCUAUUUUUAGUCGUAAAUGCGAGUGAAACGGUCCCACUGUCAAGCCCUGACUUAUACAGUGGCCUGUACUUUUGUGUUUUUGGGGCCCAAUAGAAGGAUAGGAGUUAAAUGUGCCAGGGUGUUGAAGUAAAAAGGCUUAACACACUCAGUAAAUUGUAAUAAACCUGCACACCUGGGAAUUGGAGCAGAAACACUGAUUGGUUUGAUUCAUAUUACACUCAAAACACACAAUCAUGAAUAAUCGAGGAACUUAAUCCUACCUCAACUCGGAUUUAAAUAAACUAACGCUCCAUGUGUUGUAGGCGUAUGCUCACUGGGCAACCACAUCUUUGUGAUGGGUGGAUACGAUGGGACCAACCAGCUGAACACAGUGGAGCGCUAUGAUGUGGAGACUGAUACAUGGAGCUCUGCUGCCUCCAUGAGGCACCGACGCAGUGCUCUGGGAGUCACUGCUUUACAUGGACGCAUCUAUGUGCUGGGUGAGUGCUGGAGUCACUGCAAACUGCCUAGUAACUGUUAGAAGAAUAAACUAAAUCAUGACUUUGACGUGUUGAAAUAAUGUUUGCAGGAGGCUAUGAUGGCAACACUUUCCUGGACAGUGUGGAGUGUUAUGACCCAGAGAAGGACACCUGGUCCGAGGUGACCCACAUGACUUCAGGGCGGAGUGGCGUGGGUGUAGCUGUUACCAUGGAGCCAUGCCAGAAAGAACUGCCAUCGUGUCAGACAUCCGAGAGAGAGAACGCUGCAGCCCCACCAGCCUAUCAGUCGUCUAACUCUGGUUUUAGCUCUCACCCCAAUCAGCGGCCCAGCGGGUCCUUCAGCAAAGGCUUAUGA